GACAAGUGUUCAGCUAAGCUUCUUAUCCCAAGAAUGGCAGCACCCAAAAUUAAGCUUUCAUCUGGUCGCUAUAUGCCUAUUCUAGGACUCGGAACAUGGCUAUCUACUGACGAGCGCGAACUGACUACCGUGGUAAAGUCAGCCCUCGACAACGGCUAUCGAUUGAUCGAUACUGCAUUCCUAUACGGAAAUGAGGCGAUUAUUGGGAAAGCUCUGAAAGAAUACUUCGAGACAGGAAAGCUAAAGAGGAAAGACGUGUUUAUCACGACGAAGCUCCCUAUGACAGCCCACGCUCCAGAAGAUGUGGAAAAGUGCGUGAACAUGCAAUUGAAAGCAUUGCAGACGGAUUACAUUGACCUAUACCUCAUCCACGGUCCCGUACCCUUCAAGAGAGAAAAAGAUAGCUUUGCUCUCGCUUUUGAAAAGGAUAAGCAAGUACCUGUUACCAUACCACAUCUUCUUACCUGGCGUGCCAUGGAGAAACUACUCUACGAAGGAAAACUGAAGGCCUUAGGAUUGUCAAACUUCAAUGCUAAGCAAAUACAACUUAUCUAUGACAGUGCCCGUGUCAAGCCUGCAAAUUUACAGGUCGAAUGUCAUAUCUACUUGCCACAAGAGGAUCUCCUGGAAUUUUGCAGGGAGCGAAACAUCACCGUUACGGCUUAUGCACCCUUAGGAUCGCCAGGGGCAAGGUUAGCAAUGCCGAAUGUGAAGUGGCCAACAGAGGAACCACUGAAGGAACCUGUUGUAAAGGAGCUUGCUAAUAAGUAUAACAAGACUGCAGCUCAAAUACUGUUGCGCUUUCUUGUCCAACAAGGCGUUGCUGUCAUUCCGAAAACUAUCAAACCUGAACGUGCAAAAGAAAACAUCGAUAUUUUCGACUUCCAUCUUAGUCCUGUGGAUAUGCAAAAGCUUGCUUCAGUGAAAACUAGAUUGAGGUUUAGCACUUGGAACUUUGCUUUUGGCCACCCUUUCUUCCCAUUUGAUGAUGUCGAUCAGACAAAGGGGCCAGUCCCUUUGAAAUCUUAAGAAUCUCCAAGGCACAACAGUUCUGAAAUACCCCUGCUACAAGUCGUCAUGCUUAUAAGUGUACAAUCCAGUGGAAAGACUUGCUGUUUUUACGAUAUUUUGGCGUUCUGUUGUGCUUAGAAGUGUGAUAUAAUUUGUAAGAUCAAACUCUAUGUUUAUAGCUAAUGUUCGGUGGCAUUGAAUGAUUCUUACACUA